UGUAGCACAGUUGUGACACGUAGAACAUGUUGGUUUUUCCUAAUCGCGGAAGUAUUUCUCUAAAUUUGUGGUAAUUUCUCGUGAAUACGGCGUGCGAAUAUUCACGAAAAUGCGUAGAUAGAUUAUGCUGUGGCAUAUUGUCGCGCUAAUCGAACUCUGGUUGGUAAAACUGCAGCAAUUUCUACUGGAAUUCUUCGGGAUGAUUCGACGAAAGAGGAGCCUUCCCGUGUACACUUUUCGCCCCUACCAGGUGAAUCGCCUGCAAUACGCGAGCAUCGUGGCCCCCAAGCCACGGAGUGGCCACAGGAUUGUGUGCAAUGACCGCGAGAUUUACUGCUUCGGCGGAUUCAAUCCGGACAUACCGUCCAACACGGGACCCUAUCGGGAUGUGUCGAUGUUCCAGGAGCUGUGGCGCUUCGACACUCUCACGCUGGAGUGGGAGCUGAUCUUUGGGCCUGGCGAGCAGAUGCCCGCCGAGCUUGCGUCGCACGCAAUGCUAAUGCUGGGCAAUUCAAUUCUGAUCUUCGGCGGGACGUGCUAUCCCUUCGGCAUGAGCUGCUCGAAUAAGCUCCACAUUUUUAACAUCACGACCAGGAAGCUGAAGACCGUGGCCACGACCGGGACUCCGCCGCAAGAGAUGUACGGCCAGGCGAUGGUGAUUCACGAGGAGUUCCUGUACGUCGUCGGCGGCACGACGGGAUAUGACUACUCCUGCGAUGUGCACAGAUUGAACCUGAUGACGUACGAGUGGGAGUUGGUUUAUCACUGUGAUGAGAAUAACGAGGACGAUCCGCCGGGCAGAUAUCGCCACGAGCUGGCGUACGACGGGGAGCGGAUUUUCGUGCUGGGCGGCGGAACGUCUCAAGUGGCCUUCACACUCUCGAAGAUUCCUGCCUUCAAUCUCAGGACGAACACGUGGGCGAUGGUGCAGACCAAGCCGGAUCCCACAAUCUCGCAGCCCGGCGACAAGACGGCCUUCCCGGAGGCGCGCAAGUGUCACUCGUGCGUGCAGAUCGAGAGCCCGCACGGACCAUCGGCGGUGAUCAUUGGUGGCUACGAUUCGUGCUUCUACAAUGAUAUUUGGCGCCUGGACUUGAGCACUCUGGAGUGGCGAUGCUUCGGCAAGUUGUCCUCCUUCAGGCCGCUCUUCUUUCACGACGCCACAGUCACGCGCAGCGGCUGCGUGUACAUCUACGGUGGCAUCACGUGCAACGUGCUGACGAAUGCCACGCGCAUCAAGAGAACCACGAACAUGUACAAGAUCUGGAUGGCGAUUCCGAAGCUGUCCGAGAUGUGCAUCGAGGCGCUCAACUUCUAUGCGCCCCGCCUGAAGGAUUCCUCCACCGAGGAGCUGAUCAAGCUGGGCGUGCCACCGCCAUUCGUUGAGCGACUGACAACGAGGAUCAACUGAUUUUCCUCCUCUCUUCAGCUCCCAGUGUUUUGAUGCCAUUUUGGCGCUGAGAAUUCUGCAAUUUUUGCUUUUUGCUCAAAAUUUACCGAAGCGUGGGUCGAAAU